AUGCCAGUCUUACAGAAGCGCCCUCUUUCCUCGGAUAAAUCCGAUGAUCCAGACACCGCCACAUCAAACCCGGCCGCAACAGAGCCGGUGUUUGUGUUUGGCAUGUUCUACGACUCCCCAGAUCAGGAGGGGAGAUCCUCUCACGGCCGCAGCAGAAAGAGAUCAUUUGUGAGCACUCGCCGAGCUGGAGAGGUGACAUCUCUGCAGACGAACCUGCAGCUGGCAGCAGUGAUCUGCACCAACGCCAGGAGGCAGCUGAGCUCUGCCAAGGAGGGCUUCACUGAGGCCACUGGGCUGCUGGCCAAUCAGAGGAGACGACAGCUACUGACUGGCCUGCUCAAGUCCCUCAGGACCAUCAAGACUCUGCAAAGGACAGACGUAAGACUCAGCGAGAUGCUGGAGGAGGAGGACUAUCCUGGAGCCAUCCACCUGUGUCUGGAGUGCCAGAAGGCUGCCAGCACCUUCAAACACUACAGCUGCAUCAGUGAGUUGAACUCCAAACUCCAAGACACCCUGGAGCAAAUCGAGGAACAGCUGGACGUGGCUCUGUCGAAGACCUGCAAGAACUUCGAUGUGGCUCACUACACCAAGGUCCAGCUGGCAUACACACUCCUGGGCAAGACUCAGACUGCCAUGGACCAGCUGCACAUGCACUUCACCCAGGCCAUCCACAACAUGGUGUUCCAGGUGGUGCUGGGGUACGUGGAGCUCUGCGCUGGCAACGCUGACACCAAGUUCCAGAAGAUGCAGUACAAGGACCUGUGUACGCACAUCACUUCAGACAGCUACCUGCCGUGCCUGAGUGACUUGUGCAAGGCAUUGUGGGAGGUGAUGCUGAGCUACCACAGGACGAUGUGCUGGCACGGGGAGCACGACCUGGAGGAGCCCCCUGCUGCAGAUGAGGCGCCCAGCAGGGCGGCGGUGUGUGAUGAGGCGGUGGACCACAGCUACGUGAAGAAGAAACUGGAGCACGGACUGACCCGUAUCUGGCAGGACGUUCAGCUGAAGGUGAAGGCCUACAUCCUGGGCACCGACAUGUCCAACUUCAAAUAUGACGACUUCAUUGUGGUGCUGGACGUCAUCAGCAGGCUGAUGCAGGUGGGAGAGGAGUUCUGUGGCAGCAAGUCAGAGGUGCUCCAGGAGUCCAUCAAACGCCAGAGUGUCAACUACUUCAAGAACUACCACAGGACCCGUCUGGAGGAGUUGAGGAUGUUUCUGGAAAACGAGACGUGGGAACUUUGUCCCGUCAAGUCCAACUUCAGCAUGGCUCAGCUACAUGAGUUCAGGUUCAUGGGCCAGGGCAGAUCUCCGUCCGUGUCCCCCAGCAGGCAGGCUCUGUGUGUGGGUGGGCCAGGCCAGGAGAAGCCCUCCCUGUUCCAGCAGUUCAGCCAGGAGGGGAACCCCUUCGAGAGGCUCAUCCACAACCAGGAGGACGACACCGAGGAUGUGCUGGCCUCCAACGGGUACGAGUCAGACGAGCUGGACAAGAACAUCUACCAGGAGUACGACAGCGACAGCGAUGUGGCCGACGAACUCAAGCAGGACUACGUGGAUGAACAGACCGGAGACGUUCCCCUCAAGAGUGCCUCCAGGGACACUGCGAGGAGCAGGAAGAAGUCAGACUACAACCUGAACAAGAGCUCCGCCCCCAUCCUGACCAACACCACCCUCAAUGUGAUCCGUCUGGUCGGGAAGUACAUCCAGAUGAUGAACAUCCUGAAGCCCAUCUCCUUCGAUGUGAUCCACUGUGUCUCCCAGCUGUUCGACUACUACCUGUAUGCAGUCUACACCUUCUUCGGACGCAACGACAUGUAUGAGUCAUCAGGCCUGGGCCUGAUCAGCAGCAGACUGAGGACCACCCUGAACAGAAUCCAGGAGAGCCUCAUCGAUCUGGAGGUGGUUGGGGAGAGCGUGGUGGUUUCGUCCGAGGACAGGAAGGAGAAGGUGCCCAGUCCUCACCUCAGCCAGGUGGUGGACCUGUCCAACUGCAGGACCCUCCACGGCCUGGCUCAGCGCGUGGUGGCCACAGAGUCACUGGUGUUCCUGGCAGAGCAGUUUGACUUCUUGCAGACCCACCUGGACUCCAUGAUGCCUCCAGCUAAGAAACCCUUCCUGCAGCAGUUCUACUCUCAGACUGUGUCCACAGCCAGUGAGCUGAGGAAGCCCAUAUACUGGAUCGUAGCAGCCAAGGCCAUCGACUAUGAGCAAAUGCUGCUGCUGAUGUCUGGAGUCAAGUGGGACAUCAGAGAGAUCAUGUCCCAGCACAACGUCUACGUGGACGUGCUGCUGAAGGAGUUCGAGGAGUUUAACCGGCGUCUUGGCGAGGCGUCCAGACAGGUUCGAAUCCCGCUGGCAGUGUCCAACGUGCUGUGGGAGCACUGCAUCCGCCUGGCCAACCGCACCCUGGUGGAGGGCUAUGCUAAUGUGAAGAAGUGCAGUAACGAGGGGCGAGCCCUGAUGCAGCUGGACUUCCAGCAGUUCCUCACCAAGCUGGAGAAGCUGAGCGACCUGCGGCCCGUCCCUGACAAGGAGUUUGUGGAGACCUACAUCAAGGCCUACUAUCUGACCGAGAACGACAUGGAGCAGUUCAUCAAGAACCACCGGGAGUACUCUAUGAAGCAGCUGGCUAACCUGGUGAACGUGUGUCUGGGCUCUCACAUCAACAAGAAGGCUCGUCAGAAACUGCUGGCUGCCAUCGACGACAUCGACCGACCACGGAGAUAGACACACACACACACACACACACACAGUCUGUGUCCACUCUCGGGAGCUUCUUUUAAAUGACCAUAAAACAUUCACAUAAACUGUGUACAUCUGAGUAGCAUCCAGGAAGUGGACAGCGUUCAUGUUGGACUGUGGUGAAUGUCUGUCGAAAGCUUCUUAAACGUGGCUCCUUUCCUAGUUAUUCCGCUGCAGUUGCAACUGGAUAGAUUCACUCUCCGGUUUCUUACCUGUCGAUGUGCUUCAGCAUAUACUGUCAUGUAACUUUGUUAACACCUUGGGUCACAGUGUUGGUCGUGAACGGUUACCGCGGUGCAUCCAACAGAACACGCUAACGUCUGAACCUGGAGCUAACAUGCUAACGUCUGAACCUGAAGCUAACAUGCUAACGUCUGAACCUGAAGCUAACGUCUGAACCUGGAGCUAACAUGCUAACGUCUGAAGCUAACAUGCUAACGUCUGAACCUGGAGCUAACACGCUAACCCUGGCAGGGUGGUCCCAUAUGACCAGCAGGCUGGAGAGACCUGCUCCUGUAAGCAUGGCUUGCUUCAUCCUUCCUGUACAGGUACAAUUUCACUGCUUUUUCUGUUUCUGGAUCACCAGGAAGCCUUCGUUCUGUGUCCUGAUCUGCUAUGAUGAUGCAAUGUUUAUUUUUCCGGAUUAUGUUUUGAAGAUUUGGAAGCACUUGACGUGUUGAAGGACAGACGGCUUAAGUUGCUCUGAUGUUUUACCUUCCAAGUCUGAGAACGUUUAUACGGUGCCCUUCAAACGUCCAUUUUGUAAAUAACGUCAAUCUUUGUUUGUCGCAGCACUGCUCGGCUGUGAGUUUCUAUGUUUUGUUGUGUCCGUGAAACCUAAUAUAAGGAGGAUUGUGAAAUAUAUUAUUGUUUGUAGAUGAGGAAAACCUUGUAUCAGCUCUGGCUCAAGCUGCUUGUUGUUCAGUCACAUCACUCAAAGUAGAUCACAACCUCUGGGCUUCACUAGUUCUGACUUUACAGGAGGAUUCACCAUAAGAGAAAACACAAAACUAUGAUAUUGUUUAUGAAUUAAUUGCUGUGUGAACACCUACUCCAAAACUAUACUGUAAAUUGACAACGUUUAAACCUUGUUUUUAUUUAUUCCUGCAUCUUGUUUCGGAUUACUUUUUCUUUUUAUUCUGUGAUCAUAGAAGUUUGUUUCCUGGCAGUAUCGUGUCAUUCUUCAACUCUAAAAGAAUAUUUAAGAAACCAACAUUAACUGUACAUGUUAAGAUGACGGUUAAGUGUGCCAUCUGUAACUGUCAAAGUUGUGGAUGAUGAUUACAUAAUAAACACACUACCAUGGAAACCUGA